AUGGCUCCUGGAAGCGUAGCCUCCAGUGACACCUUGAUCUCCUCGGCCUCCCUAACCCCCAUGACCUCCACGACCUCCACGACCUCCAUGACCUCCACCUCUGGGUGGUCUGGGGCUCAAAAGCCAGGCCCGAGCCACAGUGCCGGCCCAGCACCACGCCGCAACCCACCCAUGCUGCGCAUGGUGCUGGAGGCGCUGCAGGCGGGAGAGCAGCGCCGGGGCACCUCGGUGGCGGCCAUCAAGGUCUACAUCCUGCAGAAGUACCCAACGGUCGACGCCGUGCGGCUCAAGUACCUGCUGAAGCGGGCCCUGGACACGGGCAUGCAACGCGGCCUCCUCAGCAGGCCCACCAACUCCAAGGCCAAGGGGGCCACUGGCAGCUUCAAGUUAGUUCCCAAGCACAAGAAAAAAAUCCAGCCUAGGAAGACGUCCACCCUGUCAGCCCGCCAGAGACCUGGUGAGGCCAAGGAGGAGGCCCCCAAGAAAGGUGGCCAGACCAAGGAUGGAGAGGCAAGAGUGGGCAAGGCCAAGAAGGUCCCCCAACAGCCAGACAAAGCCACAAAGGCCCCUCCUGGUGCCAGUGGGCCCCAUGGGAAGUCAAAGGUUAAAGGCAGAAAGAACAGCCCAGCAGAUGCCAAGGCCCACAGGAAAACCAAAACUGGAACUCAGAGUUCAAAACCCACAGUCACCAAGGGUGAGAAUGGUGUUGCUUCCGCAGCCAAAAAGAAGACAGGGACCAAGGUUCUUAAAGAGGCCACUGCCCAGGGGGCCAGGGAAGGGUCGAAAGCCAAGGUUGCUGCUGCUCCUAAGGCUAAGGACAGUGGGUCGAAGAUGAUACCUGUACCACUGCCCAGGAAGACAGAGGUCCCCAAGGGCCCAAGAAAGCCUGGCAUGCCCACCAAGGUGUCAUCAUCCAAAGGGACCAAUACGAAGGCAGAAGCCAAGAGCUAG